CUGGAUUACAGUAAGAGACGGAGGAAAGCUCAGUCUCAGUGAUGAUCUGCUUCAGCAUGAGGACCCUUUCUGUCAGCUUUCUCCUGCUGCUGUCUGUCUGGAGCGUGUGUGUCUGGGCUGACAGCGGGAGGAUACGACAGAAGCGUGCAUGGAUCAUUGAUUCGUUUACUAUUGAGGAAGAAUACCCUGGUCCGUUUCCAUAUAAAAUAGGCAAGGUUGAACUUGAUAGGUCUUAUCUAGUAAAUUACAUAUUACAUGGUGAUGGUGUGGAUAAUGAUCCAAAGAAUAUUCUCAGCAUUGAUAAAUCAGGUUAUGUUUUAGUACAUGGAAAGGUGGACUAUGAAAGCGGCCCUAAAAUUCUCCGUUUGAAAUUUGAAGCAAGAAAUCAAUCCAAUAAUGAAGUGGACACAAGACUUGGGCUUGAGAUCAAAAUAUUGGACAUAAAUGACCAUGCACCAAAAUUUCAAAAGUCAGUCUAUGAAGUGUCUGUGGACGAGUCACAUGAUCAAGGCAAGGAAGUACUGACUGUACUGGCUUCUGAUCAGGAUGAUUCAAGUACAAACAAUGGAACAUUCGUUUUCACAAUCAAGUCUGUCACACCAAAGACAGAUAAUGUUGAAUUUUAUAUUCUUCAGCAAAAAGAAUCUGGGACAAUUUAUUUGAGGGGGUGUUUGGACUAUGAGAAAGCUCAGAAAUACACACUCCUUGUUGAAGCAAAGGACGAAGGGGAAAAGAUACAGCUCUCAAGUACAAGUACACUGAUAAUCAAUAUUUCGGACAAUAAUAACAAUCUUCCAGAGUUCUCUGGCAAAACAGGACCAGGGAAGGUCAAGGAGAGAGAAACUGAGGUUGAAGUUCUGCGACUGCAAGUAACAGACAAAGACGUCCGUGGUUCAAAAGCUUGGAAAGCCAAAUACACAAUCCACGGAGAUAAAGAAGAAAUAUUCAAAAUAGAAACAGACCCUGUUACGAAUGAAGGGAUUUUAACAGUUGUUAAGCAAAUGGACUAUGAGGAGCAAACAAAUCACAAUCUGUCCAUCAGUGUCCAGAAUGAAAUUGCUUACUUUUCCUGUAAGAUUAAAGAGAAAGUACCAAAUGCCAUGUGGGUGCUCGACAAAAUACCCCAAAACUCUGAUAUGAGUGCUUCAAACCUCUAUAACAGCAUUCCAGUGACCAUUCAUGUAGAAGAUGUCAAUGACCCUCCGGUGUUUAUACCCCCUGUUAAAGACGUUGUGGUAAUGGAGAACAUAGAUGUAGGAACAAGUCUUGCAACCUUCACCGCUAAAGACAUGGAUGGAAGCCACGUAAACACAUUUAAAUUUGUUACAGGUGAAGAUAUUGAUAAAUGGAUAACUAUUGAUGCAAAGACUGGAAAAGUAUCCACGAUUAAAAUUCUGGAUAGAGAGUCACCAUUUGUGAUAAACAGCACCUAUACAACAACCCUGUAUGCUGUGGAUGAAGGUGUUCCUCCGCUGACAGGCACUGGAACUCUAGUCAUUCACCUGAAUGAUCAAAAUGAUAACGUACCAAUACUGGAGAGGAAUGCAUUCAGCAUUUGCAUAGAUAAAGAGCCCACAAUCGUCAACAUCACAGCCGUAGACCUGGACUUUCCUCCAUUUGGAUCACCUUUCUACUAUGAGCUUUUGGGAGAUGUUAAGGACAAAUGGAGUGUUGAACCAGCUCAUGGCACAACGGUGAGUCUUGUAAAAGAAAAACGUGUGUAUUCAGGUCAUCACCUCCUCCAGAUCAAAAUAUCAGACCAGCAGGGAUUUUACUCCAUCCAGAACCUGACGGUCACGGUGUGUGACUGCUCUAUCACUCCCAACUGCCAUGUCAGGAUGGUCUCGCAGGCUCGGAUGGGGCCUGUUGCCGCCUGGAUGGUUGUUCUUGCAAUUCUGAUUCUCACAGCAAUGUGCUUAAUGAGUCUACUGAUGUCCUGCAAAACAGAGAAAAAAAUGAUUAUGAUGGAUGAUGGCCUCGGUCAUCUCAUCACAACAAAUACGGAAAAUCCAGGAACAGACUGCAUGGUGAUGCUCAAAGGACAGCAGGCCAUUUCACAGGCUCCAUCGUCAGUCUACAACAACCAGACGUUCAAACGCUCGACGUACAGAAAUUCCACAAGACAUACAUACAGAGGAAAUUUUCAGCGAUCGAGUAUGAGAUCAAGUUUUAGGAGCAAUUAUUCUUACAACACCAAUGCAUCUUACAUGGAUGAAAAACUUGCCAUUCUCAUCAAGCAGGGAUUCCCUUCUGUCGUCGUCGUUACAGGAAAGGGGUUUUCCCGAGUUGGUGAUUGGCUGGAAGUUCAGUAGUCUUUGAAGUGAUGUCUUGGGAAGCCAAUGGUUGGGCGUUGGCUGAGGAUGGUCUUGGAGUCAGUUGCUGGUUGAAGUUUGAAGCGGGUCCAGUCGGAGCUGGACUUUGCGGCAAACUUAACUUUUGAACACGAGACUCAACGGAAAGAAAAGAAAGAAGAACAUCGUGGUGUUAAGUAGCAACUGGCCUGUAGGCCAGAGCACGCUCAAAGAGCGUUAAAACAGCGUCAAAACGCGGUGGCGAGAAGAAGAGGAGAAGGGAAGAAGGGGAAGGGACGAGAGAGGAAGAUUUGAUGCUGUCCUGAGGUUUUAAACUCGGCUUUUUGGACACAUCCCAUCUGGUGUCUUGACCAAUUAGAUAGGCUAUUAUCUUAGCUAGGGUUGUUCCUUCCAUCAUAAAUCAGCAUGUUAUCAGUCACAUGGUCUGAAUUUUACCCACUCUGGCAAAGUACACUUUUGGAUGUGAUUUCUAUAACCAGAAUAUGAUACAUUUGACAAAGAAUCAAUUGGAAGAAACGUUUCAAGCUAGAAUUGUCAAGCUCAUACAUACCAAACACAAAUAAACCUUAAAGUCAUUCAAUAGUUAUUAAAAAGACAUACAUAAUAUGUGCUUAAAACAUGAUAAUCUAAUGUGUGGGUUACAUACAUAAUAUAGUGUUAUGCCUAGAAAUGUUCUUCUAGGAUGAUUUUAUGUGCAUAUGGAAAAGAAAGUCUCUGUGUAUUUCUGUGGAGACCUAAAGACAUGUUCUUUGGACAAAGGAAUUUCAGUCUCAGUCUUCGUCUUGUAUGUGUGGGGGAAAAGUCAAUCUAAAGAAGCUUGUGAUUUCUCUUGUGGAACACAUGUGAUGGCCAUCUCUUUGACCAUUAAUUUUGACCAUUAAUCUUGAUUACUUGUCCCAAAUUUGACGAUCUCCUUCCGGCAUUGUACUUGUCAAUGAGUAUUCUUUUGUCUUAAUGUUGCAAGCUGUUCUGUAAGAGAGGCUUGUUGGUAAGGCUUGCUCCAGACUCAUGGCGCUUAGGAAUCUGAUUUAUGAUGUCCUGUUUUCUUGGGCCUCUCCGGAAUUUCGGCUCCUCAUGUUUCAAUGUUCUGAUCGAAUCUUAGUUUUGUCUGACUCGUUCUGAUCCUACAGCUAUCUGCAUUGCUUAGACUUAUUUAGUUGUAUUCAGUGAAGUGCUCAUGCUAAGCUCAUGUGAUCAUACUGACAAUGUGCCUUACUUUCUGGUUGUUGGGAGCAUGCUUGUUCCUAAGCUAUCUGGUUGUUAUUGGGAACACGCUUGUUCCUAAGCUGUCUGGUCGUUAUUGGGAGCACUCUUGUUUUUAAUGCUAUCUGUUUGUAAGUGAAAACAUGUUGCUUAAGCUUUUCAGGUAUUGGCAGCAUACUUGUUAGGUCAUCUGGUUAAGGGCAACAUGCUUGUGGCUAUGGCGUAUGCGGGUUUUGGCAACAUUCUUGUUCAUUUAUUGGGCAAGGGCUACAUGCUGUUGCUUAAGGCUUAAGAUUUUUGCUGUUAUUUUAUGUUGGGGGGUAUGGCGUAUGGUUUUGUUUUGGGGGGGUUAUUGCUGCUCUCCCUGCUCUUAUCCAUGCUAGGCUGCAUGGAUGUGCAGGGAGUUCAUGCCCAGAACAGAAGCAUACUGCCAAUCCAAACUGUAUGCUAAUUGUCAGUCAUCGUUAACGAUAGUGGUCCUGACAGAAAUCUAGCGUCAGCGUUAGUUCUGGCGGGUCAUGUUAGUCAAGCUUGCAUCAGCUGACUCUCAGUUGAUCCACAUCUACCUAUAGGAAUGCAAUACCUAUCACAGCACUCAUAUAUAUAAGAUCCAUCAGUAUUAUCACCAGCUUUGCGUUGCUAUAGCUAAUUACCCUCCUCCAUCCCCAACUUCUCCUCUGUCAGUAAGGGUUCAGCCUUCUGAUUUCUCCUUUGAAUCAGACUAAUCUCUAAAAUGUUACAUUAAAUUAUUGAACUUUAAUGAUAUCUGCAAUAUAUACAAUACAUUUUAUGUUGGUUCUGUUCUGUUUAUGCUGCUCUUAUCCAUGUUAGGCUGCAUGGAUGCGCAGGUAGUUCUUGCCCAGAACAGAACCAUACCGCCAGUCCAAACUGUAUGCUAAUUGUCAGUCAUCUUUGACGAUAGUGGUCCUGAUAGAAAAAAUUAAUUAAUUAAUUAAUUAAUUAAAAUAUUGUGUUAAUGUUCCCAUUAAAUUAGCCUAUAAAAUAUUCAUUUUGAAUGACGUCCCAUUUUUGACGUCCCUCAGGGUAUUUCCAGAUGUCCCAUUUUUAAAAACAUUAUUUAUUUAUUUAUUUAUCUGUUUGUUUGAACAUUAAGGGAAUAUUCCAUUUAUAAUUUUCCAAAUAUAAAAAUACUUCUGUAUGUUCUUAAGCAUUUUGAAAAAAAGUAGUAACAUUUAAAAAACAUUAGAAUAUGCAAAUUAAAUGUUUUGGUUCCACUUUAUUUUGAUAGUCCACAGACAUUUUACUAAUUAUAAGUAACUUUGUAACUACGUGUCAAGCAACUCUCAUUAGACUAUUAGUUACAGUAGGUUAGGGUUAAGGUUAGUAGAAUAAUUUGACAUGUACUUGCAAAGUUACUUAUAUCAGUAGAAUGUCUGUUGGGGGAGCAUCAAAAUAAAGUUAGCAGAUAUUCAGCAGACAGUCUACUAAUACUCUAAUGACUGCUAGUUGAACAGCAAAGUUAAUUAUAGUUAGUAGAACAUCUAAAGUGGACUUUCGAAAUAAAGGUUUAACACUGUUUCAGAUAUAAACCUUCCAUGAAUGAUUCAUAAGUAAUGAUUUUGUACUAAUGUUUUCAGAACAAUAGUAAAGAGCAGAUAACUCUAAAUUAAUAUUUUAUUAAUAUUACUGGAAGAACAUUUGUUCAUAACUUCGAGAGAACCUUGUCAGAACAUUAAUCAAAGUUCUGAGAACGUUCCUUGUUAGUUGAGUAAGCAUUUAUAACUUAGAUCAACAGGUUUUUUUAGAUCACAAGAAAUACAUUUGGUCAAGUGUGUCCAAAUGUGACAGGAUGGUGAAUAAUUUUCAUGGGUUUUGAUUUUU